GCACUUUCUUGUAAUUUUUUACGUUUUUGUGGACAAAUUUCAUUUAGUAUAUAUUUAUUACAUCCAAUUGCAAUAAGAUGGGUGAACGUAUAUGUGCCUUCUAUUGGGUAUGAAGCUGCAAAGAAAGAAUCCGACGAAAAUGAGAAAGCUAAUUUAAUGUUGGAUGCGGUGAUGUUGUCAUAUGUGACAACAAUUAUUGUUUCAUGGAUCUACUUUAAAUGUGUUGAAAGGCCUUCUAUGAAUUUAGCUAACGAUAUUGCAAAGAGAUGGUUAAGUGAGAGGAAGUCUG